AUGGAAGAAAAUACAGGCACUGCUCCGGAAGCAGUAGAUGCUCUAUAUGGUGAAAGAGUGAGAAGAUUUCAAGAAUUCUUAGAUUCUGCAGACAAUGAAACAGAUUACAAGGAUGCAAUCAAAACGAUGCUUCAGCGAAGUCAGUGUAGGUUGAUUAUAUCUGUGGAUGAACUCAGAGAAUUCGAUGCCGAAUAUGCAAACGGAAUCAUGAAUGAACCAGCAGACUACUUACCAGCAGCAGAAUCGGCUCUUAAGGAUGCAGUCAUGGCUAUAUAUGAUCCAUACGAGUUUUCUGAGUCUGAAUUGACAGCCGAUAGUGAUUUUUAUUUGGGAUUUAGGGGAGCAUUUGGAGCACAUCAGUUGACUCCAAGAAGUAUCAAUUCAUCUUUUCUUUCCAAGAUGGUUUCUGUCGGUGGUGUUGUUACAAGAACAUCUUUAAUUCGUCCGAAGGUUAUCAAAUCAAUUCAUUACUGUGAGAAGACAGGAAGAUUCCACUCACGAGAGUACAGAGAUCAAACCACGAGUUUCAACCCCAUUACUACACCUGCUAUAUAUCCAACUGAAGAUCCAGAAGGAAAUAAGCUUACUAUGGAGUACGGAUUUUCAAAGUACAGAGACCACCAAACAAUAACAAUUCAAGAGCUUCCAGAAACUGCACCGGCAGGUCAGUUGCCAAGAUCAUUAGAUGUGAUAUUGGAUGAUGAUCUUGUGGAUAAGGUGAAACCGGGAGAUAGAGUUGAGGUAAUUGGUGUUUUCCGUUCUCUUGGUGGAGGUCAGAACAACACUGCCAGCUUCAAGGUCGUCAUCAUAGGAAACUCUGUGUACCCAUUGCACGAGAGGUCGACGGCAGUUAGGGCCAUUGAAAAAAUUACCGAUUAUGAUAUCAGGAAUAUCAACAUGCUCGCAAAAGAGAAGAACAUCUUUGAACUACUAUCGAAGUCCUUGGCACCCUCCAUUUAUGGCCAUCCAUUUAUUAAGGAGGCUAUCUUAUUGAUGCUACUUGGCGGUGUCGAAAAGAACUUGGAUAACGGAACACACUUGAGAGGUGACAUUAACAUUUUGAUGGUUGGUGAUCCAUCUACGGCCAAGUCCCAAAUGCUUCGUUUCGUUUUAAACACUGCACCUUUGGCAAUAGCAACAACUGGACGUGGCUCUUCUGGCGUUGGUUUAACUGCUGCUGUUACAAUGGAUAGAGAAACAGGUGAGCGGAGAUUAGAGGCAGGUGCGAUGGUUCUUGCUGAUAGAGGUGUGGUCUGUAUCGAUGAGUUUGACAAGAUGAAUGAUGUUGAUCGAGUGGCCAUUCACGAAGUUAUGGAGCAACAAACUAUUACUAUUUCUAAGGCAGGAAUACAUACAUCAUUAAAUGCUCGUUGUUCUGUUUUAGCAGCUGCUAACCCUAUUUAUGGUCAGUACGAUACAUUCAAGUCGCCUCAGCAGAAUAUUGCUCUUCCAGAUUCGUUGCUUUCACGUUUCGACUUGCUUUUUGUUGUGACGGAUGAUAUUUCUGAGGAAAAGGACAGGCAGAUCAGUCGACAUGUGUUGAACAUGCAUAGAUAUGUUCCUGAAGGUUACAGUGAAGGUGAACCAAUAAGAGAGAAGCCAACCAUCACCUUAGCAGUGGGCGGAGAGCCUGCGUCUGAAGAAAAGGAUGCUGAAAAUAUGGGAACAGAGGUGUUUGAAAAAUACGAACCAAUGCUUCAUGGAAUUUCGAACGAUUCCGAGACCGAAAUGCCAAAACAAGAGAGUGGCGAGCAAGAGAAAAUUGUGUCCAUUGAAUUCCUCAAGAAGUACAUUCAGUAUGCCAAGCAGCGGAUCCAUCCAGUCUUAACUGAAAAUUCAUCCAAUAUGAUCAUUGAUAUUUACUCCGAUUUCCGUAACGAUGACAGCAAUAAGAACACAAGAACAUCGCCGAUUACAGCAAGAACCCUUGAGACGUUAAUUCGUGCGUCUCUCACAACGGUUGACUUGCAAGAUGUGUCAACUGCAGAGCGUCUUUUGAGAUUCUCACUUUUCAAGGAAAUAGAUCAUGCCAAAAAGGUGAACAAGUCACCAAGAAAGAAAAGAAGAAUGGUUAAUAUUGAAGAGCCCGCAAAGGAAACGGAGAGCACACAGCAGGAUGCAGAUGUCGAGGCUGUGAGCCAAGGUUUAAGCCAACUUUCCACAGGACAAUCAGAGGAUAUACCUACACAACCUGAUCUUCAUAAAGAUGAAAAGGAAGAAUCGGACGAGGAGCUUUCGCAGAGUGAAAUACCCCACAAAAUUCUACAAAAGAAGAUUCCACAGAAGGAGAAUGAAAACUUUGUGAGUGGUUCGAUAUCUGAAAGUAGGUACACUCUGUUUAAGAGGACUAUGGCUGCAGUAUUCAAGGAAGUGUCCAGGCCUUCGUAUAAGGUGGAUGAAUUGGUGAGCUUGAUCAACAACAAACUUCCUCAAGAAGACAUGUUUGGUGCUGGGGAAGCACAGGCAGCUUUGGGCAAGUUGGAUGCGGAGAACACCGUGAUGUUGUCUGAAAACGAUGUUUGGAGAAUAUGA